ACUGAAGGAGCCACAGAGAGCCCGGGGAUCAACGAUGAAUCAAAUGAAAACAAUUCCUUGAAGUACAUCCCUGGAAAGGCACGAUCCCACCACUUGCAAAUGAUGAUGUCCACAGAGGAACUGGAGGAGGAGCAGAGGAUACACUCCAACACAGACUUUAACUGUCUGUAAGCCUGAAAAAGGAGCAAAUAUGUGGGUGCAACGUGAGCAGCUGGCCGCCAUUUUCCAGCUGCUGAAAGACAACAGGGAGACGUUCGGGGAGGUGUCUGAGGGAGACAUGGAGGAGCAGCUCAGACUCUACUCCAUCUGAGACUCCUCUCUGACUCUUCGUGUUGCGAUCCAGCCUCUUAUUGCACUCUUUAAUCUGUGAGCGCUACUGAAGGACUACUCCAGUACACCAAAUACUUCAAUAAUCUUGUUCACAGUAUUCAACACAGCUGUACAGUCCACUCAACAUCCACUCUCAUUCGUGUUUUAAUAUGACAUACUUGUUUUAUUGUGUUGUUUUGUUGCUGUCAUAUCCACCUUUCAUCCACAUGAAGACUUAACCAAAGCAGCAGGAUCUAUUCAAGUCCAGAACAGGCUUUUCUAGCUACCAAUACGCAAAUAAGGACUGACGGGACUAUUGUUCCUAACAGUUUUAAUUUAUUACAUUUAUUUUUUUUAUUUACAUGUACAAAUCCUGUAAAGUUACUUCUUCAUAUCUUCCCAUUGUUGUGUAAUAAACCACAUAAUGUACCAUUGUGAAGGUGUGUGUGUGUGCGUGUGGGUGGGUGGGUGGUUCCUGUCUAUGCAGCAGCCCUGCCCAUUACUUUUGGUGACACGGUGUUAAGUGCCUCAGGUGGCUUUCCACCUGAUCACAAAAUCCAAGAGGGAAAGCAAACAGCAAACACACUCUGUAAUUAACUGAACAGCAAAGCCUACAGUUCUCAGGGAUGGCGCUCCAAACCUCCAGGAUUUUUUCUUUGCUGUUUGUGAUCGCAGUUGCCAUUGUACUUUUAAUUUUAUCAUGGGGAUAUUUAUCAACAAGCAUCAGCUGGACUGCUUUCUCAGAAAAUAACAGACACCAAGAUGAAGACAGUUUGCUUAAGAGUUACAUUGAACUCUGGGUUAAAAAAGGAAACUCAACCCAUCCGCCUGCUGUGUUCACCACAACACAUAAAGCAAAAAUUGCUGAUUCCACAAAAACAAACCAGGUGACAAAGCUAAAAACUGAUCAAAUGAGAGCCUCUACACAUGGCGCUGUGGCUGAGACUCCCAUACCCGUCCUUUUAAAAAAAUCCUUCAAGAAGCUUCCUCAGUGGGAUUUUGAGGAUGUUUAUAACCAGGAUGCCCCACCCAGACAGACAACAUGUGCCCAGUCUCUGCGAAACUCUGAGGAUGAGAGCUUCAAGAAGGCUUUCCUUCCCAACAUACGUUUGUUUUUGCACAAAAACAAUUUCAACAUGAGCGAGUGGAACCGACUUUCACAUUUUAACAACCCUUUUGGUUUUAUGGAAUACCAGUAUAACGAUGGCCAAAAAUUUAAUUGCAGGCUUAAAGUGAAACAUAUGAUGUCUUCAUUGAAGAUGAUCCCAAAGCCAAAAGAGCCACUACUCCUUCCAAAGCCAGGCAACGGCGGGUGUGUGCGCUGUGCUGUGGUGGGCACUGGGGGGAUCCUCAAUGGCUCUAAAAUGGGGAAAGAGAUCGAUGCUCACGAUUACGUCUUCCGGAUGAACGGUGCAGCCAUCAAAGGUUACGAGGAAGACGUAGGAAACAGAACAUCGGUGUACGUUCACACGGCCCACUCCAUCACUAUGUCGCUGUAUUUGUUCAAGAAGUACGGAUACACAUCUGCCCCGCAUGAUGAGGGUAUAAAAUACGUGAUGAUUCCUGAGGGGGUGGGGGAUUUCAACUGGCUUGAGGGUCUUCUCAAAGGAGAAAGGGUCUCUGCUGGCCCAUAUCACAACAAACGGCCGUGGACGUACUAUGGUGGGCAGUACAAUGAGAGCCGCUUCUAUGUUCUGCACCAGGAUUUCCUCAGAUACGUGCGGAACAGGUUCUUAAAGUCUGCUCAUCUGAAUAAUUCAUACUGGGCGAUAGUCCGACCAACCAAUGGGGCAUUCGCUCUCUUCCUGGCUCUGCACACCUGUGACACUGUGAGCGCAUAUGGAUUCAUGACUGAGGACUACAAGAAAUACUCUAACUACUAUGUUGAGAAGAAUAUUAAAACCCAUGUCGUUUUCUACGCAAACCACGACUAUAUCCUGGAGAUGAAUUUGUGGAAAAAAUUACACAACAGCAAAAUAAUGAGGCUAUAUCAAAGAACAGACUCAGAAACAGGGACAGAAAAACCGAAGCAACUCUGAUACACUGAGAAUGGCAGUAAUGGCAUCAAGAACUUCAUUUUCAUUUAAAAAAAUUCUUAUUCUUAUUGUUUACCCUCCUUGGAAAAGAUAAGGAAACUCAAACCCUGCGAGACAAUGUGUCACUGUCCAAAUUAGGUGUGUGAUAAAUAGGGGGCUUGAUCUGGUUUAUACCAGAGGGGUUUUCAGUCCAGGUCUGACAGGGAGUGGAAAACAAUACACCCGUGGUUAACUAAUUAAAUGAAAAUCUGGCAUAAAGUUGUCUUAGUAAGGUGUUUUUCCACCUGGACAAAAUACAACUAACACCCCUCUCACUGUGCAGUUUAACAGCACAACAAACUACAGCCUUCAAAGUCAACACCUCUGGUAAAACAGUUUCAGCAAAAAGUGGACAUUAUAACCUUAAUGAAAGUAGGAUUUAUAAAAGGCUUUUGUAUUACUUCUUUGCAUUACUGCAUUAUUUUUAGCUAAUCUUAGCAAUUAGCUAGUUUGCAGGUGCCGAGUCAUUCAUAGAUAUCAAAAUAGCAAUAUAAAAGUACCAAAUAUACAGUAUCAAAUAACAAGAAAUAAAGCCAUUGAAUAAGAGGAAGGACAUACCUUUAGCGUAUAAAUACUGACAUAUCAAAAUGCUGUAACGUUAGUAGCUAAUAGACGGGUUUCCUGUUUACAAACACUCAAGGAUGUGUGCUCAGCAGCAGGGUAGAAAACGUACUGCCAUAAUGUCAUGAUAACUUAUGGACCUUUGCAGUAUUUAAAAAAAACUUGCACACACACCAUAUAUUAAUAGACAUCCGUUGUUUCUAGCUAGCUAACGUGAAUUCCGGGAAGAAACAGCAACUAGCAACAAUAAUAAUGCUGACUACACAAAGUGUAGGGAUUUAAUAAUUAUCAGCUGCAGAGGAUCAUGAAAAAAAUCCAGGGAUCUGACUAGAUAACUAGUCACAAUUAGCAGCAAUUCUGAAUUGAAAGGGAGAUUUUUCAUGCAUUGUUUUUGUGAUUGUCAUUCUUAAUUAAUUUAUUUAUUUAUUGAAUUGUAAAGUAAGAAUAUGGCAAUAGAAAUGUACUAUGUGGAGGUUAGAGAUAAUUUAUAGCACUUGGUAUGUAUAUUAGCUUCUAUGUACAUUGUUGUAUUGCACAUACAUUCUGGGAAUGAUGCAAACAUUCAUAUAAAUGUACUGUAUAAUACAGUA